CAGCCCGCUGAGCUCCGCGUCGCCGCUGCCGCCUGCUCUGUCCGGGCCGGGUCAGAGCCGGAGCAUGGAAUGCGCCGAGCCCCGAGAGCCCCGUGAGCCCCGAGAGCCCCGGGAACCCCGGGAGCCCCGAGAACCCGGGCCGGGGGCAGAGACCUCUGCGGAUCAGCGCUGGGAAGAAGCCAAGACUUUCUAUGACAACCUGGCACCCAAAAAGAAACCCAAAUCGCCCAAGCCUCAGAACGCAGUCACCAUCGCUGUGUCCUCCCGAGCCUUGUUCCGCAUGGACGAGGAGCAGCGCAUCUACACGGAGCAGGGUGUGGAGGCCUACGUGCGCUACCAGCUGGAACACGAGAACGAACCCUUCAGCCCCGGGCCGGCCUUCCCCUUCGUGAAGGCUCUGGAGGCUGUGAACAGGCGGCUGCGGGAGCUGUACCCUGACAGCGAGGACCUCUUCGACAUCGUCCUCAUGACCAACAACCACGCUCAAGUGGGAGUCCGUCUCAUCAACAGCAUCAACCACUAUGACCUGUUCAUUGAGAGGUUCUGCAUGACGGGCGGGAACAGCCCCAUCUGCUACCUCAAGGCUUAUCACACCAACCUCUACUUGUCGGCUGAUGCCGAAAAAGUGCGAGAAGCUAUCGAUGAGGGGAUCGCAGCCGCCACCAUCUUCAGCCCCAGCAGGGAUGUGGCUGUGUCCCAGAACCAGCUGCGAGUGGCCUUCGAUGGGGACGCGGUGCUGUUCUCGGAUGAGUCGGAGCGCAUCGUCAAGGCCCACGGGCUGGACAGGUUCUUCGAGCAUGAGAAGGCCCACGAGAACAAACCUUUGGCUCAGGGCCCUUUAAAGGGCUUUCUGGAGGCGCUGGGCAGGCUGCAGAAGAAGUUCUACUCCAAGGGCCUGCGGCUGGAGUGUCCUAUCCGCACCUACUUGGUGACAGCACGCAGUGCGGCCAGUUCCGGGGCCCGGGCCCUCAAGACCCUGCGCAGCUGGGGCCUGGAGACCGACGAAGCUUUGUUCCUGGCUGGAGCGCCCAAAGGCCCCCUCCUCGAGAAGAUCCGCCCACAUAUCUUCUUUGAUGACCAGAUGUUCCACGUGGCUGGGGCUCAGGAGAUGGGCACCGUGGCUGCCCACGUGCCCUAUGGGGUGGCACAGACUUGCCGGCGGACGGCACCCACAAAGCAGGUCCCACCUGCGAGUAGCUAAGCGCUGUACCGGCCCACACUGCUCCAGGCUCCCCACCGCACUGGACACGCCAUCUGGCGGCCCCUUCUACUUCCUCACCCUCUGCCUACUGCAUGUCUGCCCCAGCCCUCUGAGUGAGGUACUUGGAGAAAGCGACGCAGCCUGGGCCGGCAUGCUCACCGUCCCUCCUGCUGGGCAAGCACUGACAGCGAAACUGCAGAGUGGCUGGGUUUCAGGCGGAAGUUGAUGGGACCAGAGGCAGGAGGGCCAGAGACGCCAGGAUGCCUUACAAGGGUGAAAACCAGCUCAGGGCGGUAUAGAGAACACAGCUUUGAGAGAGGGUGGAUCUGGCUUCUAAGUUCUGUUCUGGCAUUAGCUAUGUGACUUGGAGUAGGUCUGUUCCCAUCAUGGGCCUCAGUUUCCCCAUCUUUUAGGUGGUUUUCAAAUUCCCCGUUAGCCAAAGAAGCUUCGUUUCAUACGAUUGCCCUUUUCCAGGGAAGUAUUCUAUGCCAGGGCCACUGCGGGCAUGCCUGGCAUCUUUGUGCAAGUUACAAAAGGAUGCUCUCUUAGAGGAAUGAAUCACAAGAAGACGGCCCCUCCUCUGGCCUGACGCAGACCCACGCUGGUGCACAGCCUGGUUAGCAGGACGUGGGCUGGGUUUCAGCUCCCACUCACCCACGGCUCGAGGCUGUUGUCAAAUGAGCAACGGGCACAGUCUUCCACAGCGCUCUGUCUAGAUUGUGCGCAUUUGGAAGCCACUGGACAAAACAAUCUAUCAGCUUCCUGUGACCUAAUCCGAGCCAUGGGCGGUGGAGGGUUUGUGGAAAAAAAUGAGUGAAUUUAACCUGCAUGCAAAUUCUCCUCCCGCCAGCAGGGGGCACUGGAGGCACUCCCUGGAGAAGCGCUUUGAUGGCUGACUCAGUGUUCACUUUUGCUUUUCUGCCUCCUCCCCUCCCACACACCCUUACUCCCCAGGUGGUUGUAUCCUGCUGUGCUGUUAAGCAGCUCUACCUGUGGGGAGAGAGGCGGAGUACCUGUGUCCACAGUCACGGGCGAUACAGAAGAAAGCGUAGUGGCUGAGUGAGUGGUCGUCCCGGCUGAGCCCCGGGUGGGUGCACUGGCAAGUGUCGGGAGGUCUGAUCGGAGACAAAAGUGCCGAGCAGAGAUCGCUUAGCGUGGAAGGAGCUGAAGUGGGGCUGAAGGAGCUGCCUUUGAAGGUAACGGGCUCCCCGUCACCGGGAUGCUGUGCAGGGGAUCCCAGGACCGGUCCCCCCCCCAUGCACCCGUGAGCCCUCCACCCUUGCAGGAGCUGCUGCAGCCCCUUCUUCACCACUUCCAGGGGAGAGCUCGCUACCGCUCAGUCAGCUGAGCAGCCCUGGCUGUCUCUGGAGGAAGGGAGCACACGGCUGGCCCCCAGGAAGGCCAGGAAGGGUCAGCAGAGCAGACGUCUGUGUGUGGGCUGACUGCUUAGCCCUCCGGAGGAAUCCUGGCAGUGGGCAAGCACCAUGUGGAGAGAAACAACCGUAUCCUUGAGGCGGGGUGGUGGUGAGGGGCUUGGGAAGGAGCCUGGAGGUGUGGGGGUGAAGGCAGCCUGGGACACCUGAUCUUGUCCUUUCAGGGACUCAGCCCAGGUCUGAGUGGGCACAGGUUCUGGGUGGGGUGGGGUAGGAACUGCAGAAAGAUGAUCCAGGCAGGAGAAAAACGCGGAGUCAGAGGUGCAGUGAGGUGUGCUGAAGAGCAGUGCUGGGCUGGGCUUUGGCUGUCAGCGCUCGAGGGCUCGGAGAGGCCAGUCCCAGAAAGGAGGGACGAGGCCAUGCUGAGCGCUAUCUUCGCUGCACCUGGAGGGGCUCCCGUGGAAGAGGCUGUUGCAAAGGAUCGCCUCCGUCGUGCAGCCAGGAUCCGUCUGGCUGGCGGAGCAGGAGGCCUGGUUCAGCGCUCCCUCCACUCCCAGAACUCCAAGUCAGAGAAGCCGUGAGACCUAAGGACAGCCUCAAGGAAAGGAAACGGAAGUGAGGGGAGCUCAGCCAGGGCAUCUGCGGUCUUGGCCAAACCACAGAAAGGCUCUCUGCCUCCCAGGGGGUCAAGAUCACCUGCCUGGAGGGCCCUCCAGAGCUGGUGGCCAUGGAAACCUUCAAGGCCAGACACAGCCCAGCUCAUGGACUGGCUUAGCUGUCUGACCAGGGUCGACCCGAGCACUGAGGGCAGCAGCAGAAGUCUCGACUAGCCAUUGCCCUCCCGGGGCCUCCAGGGCAGUGAGGAGUGCUGGAAGGUGGGUAGCAAUACUGAACGUGGUUUUGCAUAGAACAAAGUGCCCAGUGUUGACUUCAGUCGUUCAGAUUUUGGGUUUUGUUUUGUUUUGUUUUUUAGUUUGCUAGGGUGUGUGCACUCGCCAGAGAGAGAUAG